GGAACCGCCGCCAGAUCUGACAGCUGGACCGUUUGACGCCUCGCCAACCCACCACCUGCUGAUCGACAUUCUCUAGCGGCCACUUUCCCCUCCUGGCGCCGUAGGCCCCAUUCAGAGCCCGGCCUGUCUUCUCCCGGCCGAUCUAGCGCCGCCGUCUGUCCAAGGCCCACUCCCGCCCAGGUACCGCUUCCUGCUAUAUACUCCGACGGGGCCGGCGCUCCGGUAGGCCUUGGACUUGUUGCUCCUUUGACACCCGCGCUAAACCAUCACCGAGGACCCGCGACACCACACCCCUCCCUCGACGCACCGACAGCCGAGAGAUGGCAUCCAUCAACUCGAGUGCGGCCGUGGGCGGUGCUGGCGAUGUGUCACCAACCGGCACUUCUGGCCCUAACCCCGCCACGAACCCCAAGAUGAGGAAAAGAACCAAAACGGGCUGCCUUACCUGCCGCAAAAGACGCAUCAAGUGCGGUGAGGAGAGGCCGACCUGUGCCAACUGCAUCAAGUCCAAACGCCAAUGCGAGGGCUACAACCAGCGCGUCGUCUUCAAGCCUCCCAUCGGCGACUGGCCGCAUCACCCUGGUGUUGUGAGCACCCUACAGUAUCACAACUCCAUGCUCCCUGGCUCCCGCGCCACCAACUACCGUCCCCAGUCCGCGCCGCAACCUCCGGAGAACACCUUGAAUUCAAGCCAGCCGCGACCCUUGGCUUCGUUCGACUACGCUGCAGAGAACGCUUCUCCCUUGGGACAUCUGAAUACUCAAGUGCUUGCCAGCGCUCCUCAGCAGUAUGCACAGGACUCCAACUUCCAUCACCACCAACCACCGCUCCACUCACCGCAUCACCCACCGCCCACUCCGACAAGCACCACCUCGUACUUUCCGCAACCUUCGCCGGCGCAUCCCAGCUUCCAAGGGCAAUACUCUCACGAGACAACGAACCUGGGCUACCAGGAGCUGCAGCGGUAUCCUCAGAGCCCCUAUCAGCAGAUACCCGUCUCCUAUGACACCCCAGUCGACCAAAAGCCCUCCAUCUCUCGGCCUUCGCAAGAGCAAGUCGUCUACCAGCAUCACCAGCAAGCCACGGGUCGUCCCGAAGAGCAACCCGCCUACCUUCAACAUUCCAGCCUCCCGUCCCAGGCCGAGGACUACCCUCAGUACCCGGAACACAGGCCGUCGAUACACCGCUAUGGCAGCCAUAGCCAAGCCCCGCUUCAGCAGCCGCCAGCUAGCUCAGCAGAACUGAGCCAAGCAGCCUCAUACAACCUACCGGCGGCAGUCUCUCAUCCUUCUGAUUUUUCGUAUUCCGCUUUUCAGCCAGUUCAGAUACCCCGGCAUGAUAUGACUUCUGAUGUAAAACAUAUGCCUCAGCAUGCUGUUUACGAUCCACCCGGCGCUACAUCGCAGGCACAACAGGACCAGCCGUCAAUUCCCUUAAGCGGAUUCGCAGGCGAAGACCACGUUAGCCCGACCCAGGUGCUCGACGAAGCGGCCGUCGAGAACGAAGACGACGACUACUACGAUGUACUCUCGGAUGAGGAGAUGAUGGAGGGUGACGAUGGGACGGAUGAAGACGUGGUGAUACUCAACAGAGACUUCAGCUUAAUCCGCCGAAUACACUUCGAGAAUACCAGCGAACUGGCCAUACGACGGUACGAUGCCUUCAUCUACGAGGGCAUCCUAACCCAGUACAAAGCGGAGUUUGUUGCGAAUCCACUGAAGAAUCCCAAGACGGCAAGGGUAUUCGCCCACUUUAUACACGUCACAGGGCCCAGCUUAGCCAUCUACGAGCGGAACCCUAGAAACCCGACUUCGAUUUUUGAGGGUCCGACUCACCCGUCCCAGCAGAGUCUCUGGACAUAUAUAUUGCCCGUCAAGGCACUGAAUCACCAGGGGCUUUUGCAUGCCAUGCUGGCGCUAGCGAGUCUGCACAUAGCACGACUACAGCGCGCGUCGGUGACGCCAUCAUAUAAGCACUACGCUUAUGCUCUCAAACGUCUGGGCAGGUCUCUGGGAAAUGCGAAAAAACGUCAUUCGAUUCCUACCCUGGCGACCAGUCUUCUGCUUGCCUUUUAUGAGGUCAUGACGGCCGAACACGUGAAGUGGUCCACUCACCUUGUCGGUGGAGCCCAUCUCCUUGCCGAACUCGAUUUCCGAUCGCUCACCCAAGAAGCACGGCGCCUCAAAGCAGCCCAAACUGAACAAGAGAGCAAGUUUCCGCACCACAACCCCCACAUGCUCAUCGAUCAGAAACAGUUCAAUCAGAACCUGAAAGAACGGGCAAUGAUGCCAGACGAGAGCCUCGUCAGCACCAUCGUGGGGAAGAAGAUCAGCUACGACGACUUUGGCAGGGUCUUUGAGGACGGGGAUAUAAAGCAGGGAAGAAGGAGCAAUUUGCCCGGCAAGUUGGACCUGCGAACCUAUGAGACUCUGCAAGAUCUCUAUUGGUGGUACUCGAGACAGGAUGCUUUCCAGAGCAUUGUGAGCGGCAACCCAUUGAUCACCGACUAUCGCAAAUGGUCUGACUGCCCUCCGCGUGCGCCCCUUGGCCGCGCAGACGCUCUCUACGGCACCCACGACCACAUCAUCCUCCUCGUUGCUCGCAUCGCAGACUUCACGGUUCGGGAUCGGGAACGGAAGCUCAGACAGAUGGAAGCAGACGGCGGACAGUGGAGACCACGGCCUGGUAUGCCCGGCAUGGGGCCAAUGGGUCCACCACCAGGCAAGGGGCCGGCGAGCCAACCUCCUACACCCACAACGCCUAUGGGUCCUCCACCACACAUGCAGGGAAUGGGAGGGCCCGGCUUCGGGCCUCCGCCUGGGCAUGGUCCUCCACCAGGAUACGGCCCUCCAUUAGGACAAGGACAAGGACAAGGCCCUCCUCGUGGCCCACCUCCAGGCGCAAGCGCGAUGCCCAACUUCUUCGGCAUGGCUCCCUCACGCCCCCCAAUCCCCCUCCCAACCAGCUACGCCAACCCAGAUUUCGAACACUCCCCGGAGAUGCCGCACACUCCUCACCCAAAGUACUCGGAUCUGCCCGCGGCCUACGAAGCUGCCCUCGCAGACUGGAACUCCAUCUCCGCCGCCCACGCAACUAUCGCCCGCUUCCUCGCCAACACGGAAGCCUUCGCCCCGCUGACACCAGACCUCUACCCCGUCGCGCCCGGCGGUAACAUGACGCCCUUCGGCCCGGCGCUCGUGCAUCGCAGCUACGACAUCAGCACCCUCUGGACGCUGCUUCACCUCUCUAACAUCCUGUUGCUGCGCUCGCACCCCGCAAUGCCGCCCGCGGCCGUCAUGGCCGCCGGCGUCUGCGCGCAGGCAACCCAGCCCUACGCCACGCUCAUCGGGCGCAUAGCAGCAGGGAUGCAGAUCCCGGCGAGCGACGACACACCAUUAAGUCCGUUCCUCGGCUCGGCGCUUAUCGAGCUCACGAUGGCAUUGUUCUUCGCGGGGAUCCAGUAUCAGGAUCCGGUGCAGCGGGAGUGGCUUGUUAAGCGACUGUUGGAUAUUGAUCGCAGGACAGGAUGGGCGUCUGCGGGCGUGAUUGCACGCUCGUGCGAGACGUCGUGGGAGCGCGCGGCGGAGCUAGGCCGCGGGCCGCCGUAUCCGCAGCGUAGGACGCGGAGGUUUGGCGAGGACGGGCCGGUGGUUAUUGAUGCUGACGGGGAGGGGAACGAGGAUGGAUGGGGCGGGGGAGGCGUGGUGAGACCAAGCGCGAGUUCCUCGAGGGGUGGAAGAGGUGGUGCAGCGGGUAGGGGAAGAGGAGAGAUCAGAAGGGAGGACUGGAGUGAUGAGCGGGAGAGGAGGGAGAACGAGGACAGCCGGUUUGUGGUUAGGAGUGUGCCGUGGGCGAAGAAUUUGUUGUCCACGGAUGAGGAUUUGAGGAUGGGGAUGGAGAGGGUGGGGUUGAGUGGGAGAUCGACAUCAGAAGGAGGAAGAAAUGGGUAAGAGGGUUGGAAGAACGGAGUAUGUUCAGCGCGAAAAGUGUUGGAUACACCGUGGACUGGGUGGACUUGGAGGGAGGAGGAACUAAGCAACAACGACGCAAGAUUUACUUACGACUGGACGCAUUUUCCGACCGCAAACAGAGACGCCGCAUGAUCGCCGCGUACUAACGAACUCAACAACUAAAAGAAAAACGGCGCAAGAAAAAGGGUUUCUUACUUUGUAUAACUAGUUA